AUGGCUCUUCAGCAUUACGCUCAAACCAUCAGAAGAAUGUUUAAACAAAGCCCAGUUACCGGCAAUUCAGAUGUUUCUAAGCAAGAAGUCCUUAUGUUUCUUAAGAUCACGGGUCUUUCCAUUGACCCAGAGGUCAUAUACACACAAAGAGAGCUUAUCAAAGAUACUGAAGAUUUGUGGAGAGUGGUAAGAACAAUCGUGGUAUCUCAAACUCACAAAAGUCAUGAUUCCUCAACCUACGGCCAAAGCCUUGCGCAAGCUGGGCUUCCAGAAAUUAUCAUUCAGAGGGUGCUCUCCGAGCCCUGGAAAAAAUAUACGGUGAUGUGGCAGCCAAUAGAGAUUAUACUCUUAUGCGCGAUCACUAGACUGCGUGAAAAUCAUGCGAGGAUUGUCUUCCAGCAACGGACAGGGACUCGGACGAUAACUCCGACGUUCAACAAGACUACAACCGUUAGUCCCGGAGCUUGGCUAUACUAUGUGGGCGGUAUCAACAUUGUCGCCCUAUUUGUCAAAGAAAAUAACUUCGGUUAUUGCCUCACGCCACCGCCCUCUAUAUUCUCCGAUUGCGAACAUAUGCUCUAUCUUUUUACAACCCUAGCAAGCGCUAAAAAAUAUUGCGAAUGGGUGUCCACUAUGAUGUCAGAAGACGUUAAAUUCGGUAUUCUAGCCCUCCAUUUGGAACGGGAGCAUGAGCGAGCCAUUGCCCAACAUGUUGGGAGGAUUCAAGGCAUGGAAACAUGGCUACAGUACGUGCAGGAGACAAACGAGGGACUGGAACGUUGUGAUAUAAUUUGUGGGAAAAGGUGUGACAACCAAGAUGAUACCAUCCUAGCAUUUCGGCAUCGGUCGUGGGAGAUACUUACGGACACGAGUUACUGGUGGUUGCCUGCGGCAGAAGAAGAAACGGCUGAAAGCGGGGACCUCGUCAGCUCACUCGAAUUGGUUAGAUCAUAG